AUGACUUUGAAUCAUCUAGCUCAGGCAGCGAAAACGGUGAUACAGUCAAGUGACGUCAUACUCCAGAUGAGCGAUGAUUGGUCAUUGCUAGAUCUAGACAGCAUUAGCAGGCAAACUGUUUCAGUGCUGUGUGCAAAGGAAACAAGAUGCUUGUACAAUUUAAUCCUGAAUGAAUGCGACGAGUUCGAAAAGAUGCUGGAUGAUGACGUCAUUCUAGGACACUUCACUGAUUGGAUGGAUAAAGUGGUAGAAACUUUCGUCAUUAAGCCCACCAAAAAUCAUCCUGAGAAAAUAAUCGACUCGACCCGGAAGUUCUUGCUGACCUGGUCAACAUUCACGUCAAAGGUCAUCCGGGACUUGACCAUUGGUAGCGCGCCAAGCUUUGGCUCGUUCCAUAUCCUUCAUCUGAUGUUAGAGCAGUAUCUUCUCCACAAGACUGAUCUCAUCCAGUUUGAAGCCAGGAUGAAUGCUACACUUGCAACGCUACGUGAAGACUGUUGCCAAGAUGAAACUUUCAACAGAUUUGAAGAACCAUCGCAGGAGAGGACAGAAAGAGGUUUAAUUUGUCAUAACACGCCCAAACAUUCAUACGAAGCACGGUCCAAUGAGAACGCCCGAUACGAGCAUUUAUCCAACAACGCUCCUCAAUUCAAAACCGUUCCUGAUUGGUCGAGAGUGGAAAAUCACGUGGGCGGCCACCAUCUAGGCCACGCUACGUGGAAGAACGAAAAUACCUCGCUUACGCAUGCGCAUUUCACUCAUAGGUUGCUCGAGACUUCAUUUUAG